GUGGCCUCCUUCUGAGGAAAUCGCUUUGAAUGCUUAGAGAGAGAAGCUUACCGCCAAGUUGUUGUAAUAGAGAGAGAAGCUUAGCUCCUGCCCUUAACUGGAAAACACUCUAAAAUCUUAGCCUCCCCAACUAAAGAUCGAGAGAAAUAAAACCCAAAUCAUAAGCAUGAAAGUUUUUCUCAACUUUUGUGAUGAAGAUACGGGAAAGAGCUUCACAUCCCAUCUCAACAAAGCUCUCACUGAUCGCGGCAUCUCCACCUUCUUCUGGUCGCCGACACAACAACAACCCAGUGACAUAUAGAGAGCAAAUUGAAGAGUGCGACGUGUUCAUAGACGUCUUUUCCCCCAACUAUGCUUCCUCUUUCUUCUGCCUUGACCAACUUUCUUAUUUAUUGAGUUUGCCGAAGAGGUUAAUCCUUCCUCUGUUUUAUGACAUGCAACCUGCGCAUGUUCGCCGGCAAGAGGGGGCCUUUCGAGGGAGCUUUUUUGUAGCUCACAGGAAUAUUGGGAUUGAGGAGGAGACGAUGCACAAGUGGAGAAAUUCUUUGAAUGAAGUUGCAUGUAUUUCUGGUUGGGAUACGAGAAAUUACAGGACUGAAGCACAUAUGGUCAGCAAAUUUGUGAGGCAUGUUUCUAUGGAGUUGGAGCGCAAAACACCACUACAUGUUGCCACUCACCUUGUUGGGCUCGAUUCUCGUGUUGAUGUUGCCACUCACCUUGUUGGGCUCGAUUCUCGUGUUGAUGAUGUGAUGAGACACUUAGAAAUUGAUGCUAAUGAUGUUCAAAUGAUUGGGAUCCAUAGAAUGGGUGGCAUUGGUAAGACCACUCUUGCCAAGGAAGUGUUCGAUUCCAUGGCAGUUGUUCUCUCGGACGUUAGAGAGUUUUCAAAAACAAAAGGAGUUGUCAAAUUACAGAGACAACUUCUUAAGGAACUUUUUGAUCAAGUAGAUCCAAGUAUAUAUAAUGUUGAUAGAGGCAUUAAUGUUAUAAAGAAUAAGAUCGGGUCGAAGAAAGUUCUUAUUGUAUUUGAUGACAUUGAUGAUGACAAACAACUCGAAAAAUUAGCUAGUAACCGUGAUUGGUAUUGUCAAGGAAGUAGAAUUAUCAUCACUAGCUGGGAUGAGCAUGUAUUGAAUGCGCAUAAUAGAGUAGACAAUAAUCAUAUCUACAAGCUCAAGGGAUUGGAUCAAAUACAAUCUCUUGAACUCUUUAGUUGGUGCGCAUUCCAUAGGAAUCAACCAACACAAAAAUAUAUGCAAGUCUCUAAGGAUGUGAUAUCCACUACCGGUGGACUUCCUUUGGCUCUUGAAGUUUUGGGACAUUACUUACGCGAUAAGACAACCGUUGAUGAGUGGAAAGACGCAAUAAUGAAGUUAAAAAAGAGUGUUGAAGAUGAUGUCAUGCAAAAGCUUAAAAUAAGUUACGAUAAUUUGAGUGAAGAAGAGAAGGAUAUAUUUCUUGAUAUUGCAUACUUCUUUAUUCAUGAAAAAAGAGAUUAUAUGAUUGAUAUAUGGAAAGGUUGUGGUUUCCCUGCUUCACUUUCUAUGAAAAAACUCUUGCAAAGGUCAUUUUUAAAGAUUAAUAAUUAUGAUAGAUUGUGGAUGCACGACCAACUUCGUGAUAUGGGGAGACGGAUUGUUGAACUAGAAAACCUAGAUGAUCAUGGAGAGCAUAGUAGGUUAUGGUUUGAUACAGAUGUCAUUACUGUGUUGAAGAAUCACAAGGGAACUCGUAAGGUUCGAGGCGUAAUGAUCAGGGGGAAUGAACAGGAGAAGAUUUGGGAAACUGAAGCAUUUAAACCAAUGAUCAAUUUGAAGCUACUCAGCAUCAGUCAAGCUUGUCUUAGAGGAAGCUUGAAAGAUAUGUCAUCAGAAUUAGUGCGGCUACAACUGAGCGAUCACCAGUUACAGUACCUCCCAAAAGAUUGUAGCCAUGAAAAGCUAGUUGUCCUUGACUUGUCAAACAGUGAUUCUGUCCAUGACCUGCCGAAGAACAACAUCAAGGUGUGGAAUUUAUAUUUAAUGUCGUCUCGUGCCAUUUUUUUCCCCUUGCAUAUUUGCAACCUAUCAUGGUUGUUAUCCUUUGUAUUCUUUACCAACCAAUUUUUUUUUUUUUGUUGCACGGCUCUUCCCAAAGUUGAACAAUUCCUGACUGUUCUUUACAUGAGCUUGAAGAGGUUGAUUCUUGAAGGUUGUAAAAACUUGGUUGAGAUUCCCGACUCCAUAGCCUUUUUAAGGAAUUUAGUUUAUCUGAAUCUUCGGGGAUGCCCCAACCUCAAGAAACUGCCAGAUAUGCUAGGCUUACUAGUGAAUCUUGAGGAGUUGGAUGUGAGUGGCGGCAGUUGGAGAGUCCCACCUCUAGUAGGCACGACGAGUUCCGAGGUCGGGUAUGAACAAUUACAAGAGCUCCCAGAGAACUUUGGAAAUCUUACAAGUUUAAGGACUCUCAAUUUAAGCUACAACUCCAAUUUGACAAAGCUCCCAUAUACUUUCUCACGUCUUUGCUCCUUGGAGGAAUUGUUUGCAAGGGAUUGUAGCCUGCAGGGGGUGAUUGAUGAUGACUUUGAAAAGUUGUCCAAAUUGAAAAAGUUGGAUCUCUAUGGCAACAAGAAUAUCCAAGGCGUGCCUAGGAGCAUGAAGGGCCUUUCUCAAUUAAAAGAGAUAAAUAUAACUUAUUGUACGCAGCUCGUAACUAUACCCGAGCUCCCCACAAGUUUGGAAUGUCUGGAAGCUGGUGGCUGCUCAAAGGUGCAAACCAUGCUGGAGUUAUCUCCUCUUUCUCACCUAAAAAUACUGGAAUUAGCAUCUUUUGAGCAGCUGAUGACUAUUCCUGAGCUCCCCACCAGUUUGAAAUAUUUGAGUGCUUCUGGAUGCAUAAGUUUGAAAACUUUGCCUCAGUUAUCUCACAUUUCUGAACUAGAAGAACUAGACAUAAGUGGUUGUGAGCAGCUGCUAGCUAUCCCUGAGCUUCCCACCAGUUUGCAAGUUCUGAAAGCUUGUGGAUGCCACAGUUUGCAGACCUUACCCAAGUUGUCUCACCUUUUGGAACUAAGAGAGCUAGGUUUAAAUUCUCGUAAUCAUCUAAUUGAUAUCCCUGAGCUUUCCACCAGUUUGAUAUAUCUGAACGCUUUCAAUUGGAGAAGUUUGCAAACCUUGCCCAAACUAUCUCAACUUUCUAAACUGGAAGUAUUGGAUAUUUCUUACUGUGUAAAGCUGUUAGCCAUUAAGGAUCUUCCCACCACUUUGAAAGCUUUAAGGGCUCCCAACUGCAUAUUGUUACAAGCUAUACUCAACCUCUCUCACCUUCUCAACUUCAAAACUUGAAUCUCACAAACUGUAAGGGAUUGAUUGAGACACAGGGCCUCAGUGGGUUGAAAUCUUUGAAGCAAUUGCACUUGAAUGGGUGCA